GUCGCAAGACUAAAAGUUCGUCAGCCGACACGGGUAAGUGACGCCAUUUGUGUCUGCUGUGACCUACAUAUACACACUGAGCUACAUACACACACUGAGCUACAUACACACACUGAGCUACAUACACACACUGAGCUACAUACACACUCUUAGCUACAUACAUACACUGAGCUACAUACAGACAAUGUGCUACAUAAACACACUGAGCUACAUACACACACUGAGCUACAUAAACACACUGAGAUACAUACACACUGAGCUACAUACACACACUGAGCUACAUACACACACUGAGCUACAUACACACACUAAGCUACAAACAUACACUGAGCUACAUAAACACACUGAGCUACAUACACACUGAGCUACAUAAACACACAGCUACAUACACACACUGAGUUACAUACACACACUAAGCUACAAACACACACUGAGCUACAUAAAUACACUGAGCUACAUACACACUGAGCUACAUAAACACACAGCUACAUACACAUACUGAGCUACAUACACACACCUAGUUACGUAAACUCACUGAGCUACAUAAACACACUGAGCUGCAUAUACACCCAUAAAUGCACAUUCGCACAGCUAAUACACACAGUAGUUGACAAAUGUUGACUCUCUCUAUCUUGUGUGUUUGGUGACCCGUCCAAUAACUAACACCUUUCUUAGCCAAGUUGUCCAACGAAGACGACGAGGAGGUGUCUGCCCUGCUGGUCAAGCUACAGGCAAAGAUACAAGGAGCAGGGGUGAGCAGAAACUAUGUUAGCCUUUAGGGGUUAGUGGGUGCCAUGUUAGCUUUUAGGGGUUAGUCGAGGAAAUGUUAGCUUUUAGGGGUUAGUCGGGGAAAGGUUAACUUUUAAGGGUUUGUGCGGGUAUAUAUUAACCUUUUGGUGUAAAUAGGGUUAUAUUUUUUUUCUUGGAAAAGUGAGUUACUCACAGGGGAUGGCGAAGUGGGCGACCGCGUUGCCCUAGUAUAUUUAUAAUAUACCUAAGCCUACAAAUAGUUCCUAAUCCAGUCAACACAACAUUCGGAAACUUAGCUAGUGAACAACUUUCCGUUAUGACGCGUCCAAUUAUGACUAGCAAGGCCCCAGUACGAAUAUAACGUGUCUUAAAAUCCGGAAUAUAUAACGUCAACGGCCCCGCAAAAUUCAAUUUGUCCAAGGCCCCGCACCCUCCUAGCGCCGGCCCUGGUUACUCAGCUCAGAUCGUCUGGUAUCUGCGAAGCUAUUUCUUCUCAGCUCAGCUCGUCCGAGAUCUGCGAAGCUAUUUCUACUCAGCUCAGCUCAUCUGGCAUCUGCGAAGCUAUUUCUACUCAGCUCAGCUAGUUUGGCAUCUGCGAAGCUAUUUCUACGCAGCUCAGCUUAUCUGGCAUCUGCGAAGCUAUUUCUACUCAGCGCAGCUCGUUUGGCAUCUACGAAGCUAUUCCUACUCAGCUCAGCUCAUCUGGCAUCAGCGAAGCUAUUUCUGCUCAACUCAGCUUGUCGGGAAUAUGCGAAGCUAUUUGUAGGCCUAAUCAGCUCAACUCGUUUGGCAUCUGCGAAGCUAUUUCAUUAUUGACAUUAAAUGACUACCGUUAUGCUACGUCUUAAAGUGUCAGUAAAUUUAUUUUAUUUUAAUGGACAUGUAUCCGGACAUCAAUAUCGUACAAUAACUUUUCCAAUUUGUUCUUUUUGUCGUUGUUGUCGUUUGCUUGUUAGAGUUGUUACACUUUGGAUAAAAUGGGGGACAAAAAAUGGUUCCGUCCACAGAUCAAGGGGAAUGUACUCCGCGUGCUUGGCGCCAAGCCAGGGGACGCCAUCGUGAAGACCAGCGACGAGCACAAAGUCGACAUCAUCAUAACUGGCACCCGGGGCCACGGUGCCAUUCGCAGGACGCUCAUUGGUAGUGUCAGCCAGUACGUGGUCCACAACGCCCACUGUCCAGUCCUGGUGGUCCGACAUGAUUAGAUUGUGUUUAUCUGAUGUUGAAGCCUGCUUUAAAAAAAGUGUGUGUGCUAGACCAGGCAAACAAGUAGAUGAAAUGUCAAGAGGAAAAAAAAAUGACUUUAUUGUUUUUUAAAUUUCCGUGCCGUCAGAAUUCAAGAAUUUCUCUUUUCCUAAAAUAUGAUUAAUAAUCGAAAUGUUUCAAAGAAAAUGAUGACAC